AUGCUGCUGCUGCUGCUGGCCCUGCUCUGGGGGAGGGCGGGAGUGGAGGGACAGAAACGGUACUGGGACAGUUACACACUGGAAGUGCAGAGGGUGGUGACGGUGCAGGAGGGCCUGUGUGUCCAUGUGCCUUGCUCCUUCUCCUACCGCUGGUAUGGCUGGAAGGACUCUGACCCAGUUCAUGGCUACUGGUUCCGAGAAGGCGCUGAUGUGGAGAGAGACGCCCCUGUGGCCACAAACGACCCAGCUAGGAAAGUGCAGGAGGAGACCUGGGGCCGAUUCCACCUCCUCGGAUUACCCUCAGCCAAGACCUGCUCCCUGAGCAUCACAGACGCCAGAAGGACGGACAGCGGACCAUACUUCUUCUGGGUAGAGAGAGGAACUGCGAAAUGGAUCUGCACAUGUCCCCACCUCUUUCUACAUGUGACAGCCCUGACCCACAUGCCUGACAUCUUCCUCCCGGGGACCCUGGAGUCUGGCCGCCCCAGGAACCUGACCUGCUCUGUGCCCUGGGCCUGUGAGCAGGGGACGCCCCCCGGGAUCUCCUGGGUGGGGGCAUCUGUGUCCCCCCGGGGCCCCACUAUCGGCCACUCCUCGAUGCUCACUUUCAUCCCAAAGCCCCAGGACCACGGCACCAGCCUGACCUGCCAGGUGAUCUUGCCUGGGGUCCCUGUGACCACGACGAGGACCAUCCACCUCAACGUAUCAUACUCUCCUCAGAACUUGACCGUGACUGUCCUCCGAGGAGACGGCUCAGCACCCACUGCCCUUGAGAACGGCUCAUCUGUGUCAGUCCUGGAGGGCCAGUCCCUGCGCCUGGUCUGUGCUGUCAACAGCAACCCCCCUGCCAGGGUGAGCUGGACCCGGGGGAGCCUGACCCUGUACCCCUCACACCCCUCAAGCCCUCUUUUGCUGGAUCUGCCUCAAGUGCACCUCAGGGAUGAAGGAGAACUCACCUGCCGAGCUCAGAACCCUCUGGGCUCCCAGCACGUCUCCCUGAGCCUCUCCCUGCAGAGUGAGUACACAGACAAAGUGCGGCCUGUCUCAGGGGUGACGCUGGGGGCUGUCUGGGGAGCUGGAGCCACAGCCCUGGUCUUCCUGUCCUUCUGCGUCAUCUUCAUCCUAGUGAGGGCCUGCAGGAGGAAGGCGGCAAGAACAGCAGUGGGAGUGGGAGACACAGGCAUGGAGGAGGCAGAUGCUGUCAGCAUCCCAGGCUCUCGGGUGUCCCCAAUUGAACCCCAGGCAGAUGACAGCCCCCCAGAUCAGACUCCCCGAGCUGUGGCUGCCCCCUUCUCAGGGCAGGAACAAGAGCUGCAGUAUGCAUCCCUCAGCUUCCAGAAGAGGAAGCCUCAGAACCCUCCGGGACAGGAGGCCACAUGCAGCGAGUACUCCGAGAUCAAGAUCCACAAAUGA